AUGGAUAAAAAACAAUGUGGUGAGUGUCAUCACGAAAUCAAUGAUUUGGAACCAGUGCGCUGUGGCCUUUGUGAAAUCCCUUUCCACGUCAGCCAAAAUUGCUGUGGUUUCAAUCCUCGCUCUUGUAAGGAUGUUUUUGCCCAAGGCAAGGCCGUAUUUAUUUGUAUAAGAUGCAGGGACGAGCUAAAUGGCAGAAGCAUUCGUGAGUACAUUACUGAUCAAAAUCGAAACAAUAUAUCUCCAAGUGCAAGCACCGACGAUAUCAGUAAACAGAUACAACAACUAUCUGGUAUUGUCGAAGUGCUAGGCAAAAAAGUGGACUGUAUUGCAAACUCAAAUCAAACACCAAAACCCUCCGUUUCCCGUGAAAUGAGAACACCAAUGUGGCCAGGAUCGAGUUCAAAGCGUCGUCGCAUUGAAAAUAGCCAAUCGGCUCGCCCAGCUGUCGAUCGCAGCACUAAUUCAAUCGAUUUUGGUGAUCUCUCUGUCGCUUUCAUCACACCAGUUGCGCCGCCACCCAGAUUUUGGCUUUAUUUAUCUGGCUUCCAGCCACUGAUCAGUAAUGAUGAUGUGCAAAAAAUUGUUUCUCGCUGCCUAGAUUUAGCUGACCCGUUUGAUGUCACUCGUCUUGUACCUAAGGGAAAAGACGUCACGAACAUGAACUACGUCUCAUUUAAAAUUGGCCUUGAUCCAGCUCUCAAGCAGCAGGCCCUAAACGCUGCGUGUUGGCCCGCCGGUUUGAUGUUUAGAGAGUUUGUGGAGCUUCCAAAAAACACGAUGAGACGACCGUUUAUUUUCGCCCGAGAACAACCAGCAGCAACUCCAACACAGGAACAACCGUUUCCUAUGACAAUAAAUUGA